GAGAACGAGGAGGACGCGGCCUCCCCCUCCCACUUGCACUGUUCUUUUGUGCCGUCCGCCCCCACGUGGUGGCUGCCUGCCUGCCUGCAGGACUGAUGCGUUCUCAUACCCUCUCCCCCAACUUCUCUUUCUGUGCUUGCACUGCUGAGCCAAGGGGUCUCACGGCCUUUUGUGGGGUGCCACUGCCCUCGGGCAAUGGCUUCAGGAACAGCUUUGAUUUACGAUGAUGAAAUGACAAGUUACAAACUGCUUUGGGAUGACCCUGAGUGUGAUAUUGAAGUGCCGGAAAGAUUGUUAUCCUCCUAUGAGCAACUUAAACAUUAUCAUCUUGUGGAAAGAUGUAUCCAUGUACCCGUCAGGGAAGGAACCGAAGAAGAGAUCAUGUUGGUUCACAGUUCAGAAUACUUGGAAGUUGUAAAGAGCACCCAGACAAUGAAUGAAGAAGAACUCCAAAGAGUCUCAGAAAAUUACGAUGCUGUUUACUUUCAUCCGAAUACUUACCGCUGUGCUAAACUAGCAGUAGGAGCAACUUUGCAACUGGUGGACUCUGUGAUGUCAGGAAAAGUGCGCAAUGGAAUGGCAUUAGUAAGGCCUCCGGGUCAUCACAGCCAGCGAAAUGCAGCCAAUGGAUUCUGUGUGUUCAAUAAUGUUGCUAUUGCAGCUCAGUAUGCCAAAAGAAGAUACGGUCUUCAGAGAAUUCUCAUUGUUGACUGGGAUGUGCACCAUGGACAAGGAAUUCAAUAUGUAUUUGAAGAGGAUCCCAGUGUUCUCUAUUACUCCUGGCAUCGCUAUGAGCAUCAGCAGUUCUGGCCCUUGCUCAGAGAAUCUGAUUAUGAUGCUGUUGGUCAGGGAAAAGGAAAAGGAUUCAAUUUAAAUGUACCUUGGAAUAAGGUUGGAAUGGGGAAUUCUGAUUAUCUAGCUGCAUUUUUCCAUGUGUUGCUUCCAGUGGCUUUUGAGUUUGUUCCAGAACUUAUUCUGGUCUCUUCUGGAUAUGAUUCAGGAAUUGGUGACCCCGAGGGUCAGAUGAAUGCUACUCCAGAAUGUUUUGCUCACCUUACACAUUUCCUAAUGCAGUUAGCUAAUGGAAGGCUGUGUGCAGUUCUAGAGGGUGGAUACCAUUUGAAAUCAUUGUCUGAAUCAGUCUGCAUGACUGUAAAAACUUUGCUUAGAGACCCUCUCCCCCAGAUCUCUGGAGAAAUGGCACCAUGCUUAAGUGCUAUAGAGUCUAUACAAAAUGUGAGAGGUGCACAUAAACCAUACUGGAAAUGUUUGAUGUACGAAGAAGCAACUCCUUUACACGAUCUCAGCACCAAAUCACAACAGAUGAUGAAGGCUGAGCUAAUUCAAACUAGUACACAUCCCACAGCAGAGCAAGCAGUUGGGACAACUAAGAGUGAUGAAGCCAUCAAAACAGACAGGUUUUUGGAAUCACACAUGAAAAAAAUUCUCUUUCCAGUGCCUCCUGUUAAAACAGCAGCAGCAAUUGUCUCUAAAGCUGAUGCACAUUUGCUACCAGUAUCUGUUCAAGUGGAGAUGGAAAUGAAUGCACAAGAACUGAAAACUUUUGUCAGUGCAUUUGAUGCAGAACUUGUGAAGGAAGAGAAAGCUUUACUCUCUCUUCAGAAUGUGUUGGCUGUUCUAGAUAAAAUAUUAAAGAAGAAGGUGUGCAGUGGAAUUGCAGAAUCAUCUGUGGCUUCUGUUUCUACUACCUUUGCACUAAAGCACUGCUUUGAUUUUGGAUUACAAAGAGUGCUCUGCAUAGUUGUUGGAGACAUGGAUCUUGAACUCGACUUAGAUGAUGGAAAAAUACUUUUGAUGAACAUUUGUCAGAAACAACAAACUGAAAAGACUAACUCCAAAUACUAUAUUUCUCUGAACUGGAAAGAGGAUGCUGAAAGAAACAAUUUCUUUUGUGCUGUACUUGGAUUCAUUCUUCCUGUAGCAUAUAGCUAUCAACCUGACUUAGUGAUAAUAGUCAUUGGACCAAACAGGAGCCUUGGUGUAAAUGGGAUUUCUCUGCUUACUUGUUUACUGCAAGGAUUAGCCGAGUCUCAAAUUCUUGUGGUAAUACAGGACACAGAAAUAAAACUAGUGCAAAGUGUGGCCAAAGCCUUAUCGGGUGUUUCUACACCUGACUUUGGAGCCUACGCACCUGCUUCCCAAGAAAAUGUACUUGAAAUAAAACGAUUAAGAGACCAGCUUCAACAGGAAUGGAAAAUGCUUCGAUGUUCAGUAAGGGACUGAGUUUCUGGAAGCUGAGGUCACUUGACUACCUUUGGGCUCUAUCAUUUAACACAUUUCAUCAUGACAGAAGGAAAAAGUGUGUUGUCACUUUUGGUUGUUUUCUUUUAAAUCAAUGAACAAAGAGAUUAUCAAGAUAUGGCCACAGCAAGAGCCAUUCACAAUUGUUUUAUGACUUUUUAAUUAAAUAUUUUUGUUUAAAAAGGCAACAUUUUCAAGCUGAGAGUGCUUGCUGUGUGUCUGCAAAAGUGCGCAUGAGAGGAAAGUGAUCAAGAACAGUCAGCAUGGAUUCACCAAGGGCAAGUCAUGCCUCACUAAUCUAAUUGCCUUCUAUGACGAGAUAACUGGCUCUGUGGAUGAGGGGAAAGCAGUGGAGGUGUUAUUUCUUGACUUUAGCAAAGCUUUUGGUACAGUCUCCCAUACUAUUCUUUCCAGCAAGUUAAAGAAGUAUGGGCUGGAUGAAUGGACUAUAAGGUGGCUAGACAGCUGGCUAGAUUAUCGGACUCAAGCGGUAGUGAUCAGUGGCUCUAUGUCUAGUUGGCAGACGGUAUCAAGCAGAGUGCCCCAAGGGUCAGUCCUGGGGCCGGUUUUGUUCACUAUCUUCAUUGAUGAUCUAGAGGAUGGCGUGGACUGCACCCUCAACAAGUUUGCAGAUGGCACUGAACUGGAAGGAGUGGAAGAUACGCUGGAGGGCAGGGAUAGGAUACAGAGGGACCUAGACAAAUUAGAGGAUUGGGCCAAAAGAAAUCUGAUGAGAUUCAGCAAGGACAAGUGCAGAGUCCUGCACUUAGGACGGAAGAAUCCCAUUCACUGUUACAGACUAGGGACCAAAUAGCUGGGCAGCAGUUUCAAGCAAUGGAGAGACUAUAUAUAGGAAUAUUAAUAUUUUAUCAUGAUAAAGUAACAUGAACAGGGGGAACAUUUUUGAAAAAUGAAUGUGAAUAGCUUACUUGUUUAUCUGGUGACAUAGUUCAGUUCUCAGCUUCAAAACCAGGGGUCAGCAACCUCUGGCACGCACUCGCCAAUGGGGGUGGCAGAAAGCACCACGGGCGAGGGAUGUGCUGGCCGUGGCUUCCUGCCACCCUCGUUGGCCGGGGACGGCGAACCGCGGCCAGUGGGAGCUGCGAUCGGCCGAAGCUGCCGACGCGACAGGUAAACAAACUGGCCUGGCCCGCCAAGGUGCUUACCCUGACGAGCUGCAUGCCAGAGGUUGCUGACCCCUGUUCAAAACUAAUGCUUCUAGCACAAUGAAAUCAAAGUAUUAAUUCCAGGUUCUAAUAUAAAACGGUGUCUUUUUACUUAUCUCUACCAAGUCCAUUCCUGUCACUUUGAUUGAAAUAAAUGGUAAAUGUUUUAUACAUGAUCUUCAUCCUUAAAACACACAUACUUACAUGCUUAACUUGCUCAAGUCAAAGGUAAAGUUAUCAAAACCACCUAAGAUGAGCCACAGAGGAGGAGGAGCCUAGCCAGCUCUGAAAGUCAGCCUUUUUGAAGCCUAGCCAGCCAUGGGACCCUCAGCAAGUUUGGUUUCUGCUAAGGAGAAAGGAGCCUAACAGCCCCCAGAGAUCCGGCUCCAACUGUGUUCUAUAGAAGUUUUGUCAAAUCUGCAUAGAUUUAACAAAACAUUUUGGUCCAGUGACUCAGCCUUUACUGAAAAUUUCUGACUAGCUCUACUCAUAAGUUAGUUAGGCGCCUGACAUUUCUAUGUGACUUUAGAUGCUUUUGAAAAUUUUACCUAAAGUGAUUACUUGCAUGCUUAAAAUGUAAGCAUAUGCAUGUGUUUGCAAGAUUGGGGCCCAUAUGGGGAUCUAUCACAUAACAGUACUUAUGUCCUAAACAAUUUGAAUAUCACAACUUUAAACUGUAGUAGUAUUCUCUUAAGAUGGGUCUUACAUGGCUAUUCCUAUUUUGGAUUUUCUAGCUCAUACUGACUUUUGACUUGAGAUGGGCAGGUAAAGGUUUUCCCCUUCUGAGAGAGUUUUUGAGAUUUUGAAAACUUUUACUGUCCCAAAUUGGGAUGAAAUGUCAACAUCUCAAAUUCUCAUGAACCAGAACAUUCAAAUCAGGUCAAUCGAAACAUUUCAAUUUGAUUUUUUUAAACUAUAUAUUAAUUUAAAUUUCUAAACAAAAUUUGUUUUAAAUUGGAAAAUUGAACUUUUUUUUAAUACAAAAAGUCAAAAUGGGACAUUUUGACCAUUUCAAAACUAAUUUUAUCAUUUCUAAAAAUUUUUGAAUUUGUCUAAACCAACCCUUUCCUGCGAAAUGUUUGUUUCAAAUGAUCAGCAUUUUUUGAUGAAAAAACAUUUUGUUGAAAAAUUCCCAACAAGUUCUACUUUUGACCUGCCUUCAUUAAAUUGUAAUAUUCUAUAGCCAAUGCUUGAAUGACAUGAAGAUUGUAGUAUUUUUAAUAUAAAUAAUGUUUUUGAGCACUUGAUCAAAUUAAGUAGAUUUUCAAGUAUAUUUUUUCAGUAGGAUUACUUUGCAGGUAAUAUCAGAAGAUUGUUUCUAAGGUUGAUAUGUAUUAGAAAGCCAACUAUUAUAAUAUACAAUAAAAUGAUGACAUUCUUUGUUAUAA